AAGUUUAUUAUGGACCUGGAACACAUGCUAGCGAAUCCUCUGGCAAGCGAUUGCAGCCCAUCAGUGCAAUCCCAGCGUCUUCGUAGAAGAGAUAAACGUAAGCUCGACGAUGACAAUGCUGCCACCGAUCAUCAGCCCCCAGAAAACACUUGUAUAGCCGCAGAAUUGGCUAAUAUCUACCAAGCAGAUCGGCAGCACAGCCUGCUUGCGCUUCAAAUACCUACGCAAAACCGAUCGGUUGUGUCAAGCAGCGAGUUCAUAUCCAUGCACGAUCUGCUGCUAAGUCAGUCUGAUUACGGCACCCCGGAAGAGAAGCAAGAAGCCAGAGUGCACAUAACCGAGCUGAUUUUACGAGACUUUUGCUCAUCCCCCACAUACGAAGAGGAGGAGAAUAUACCGAUCUACGACUCACCUCCGUGGUUUCGCUUUCGAAAGAAAACAAUCAAAACCUACAGCCGCAAGCCACCAACUAGGAAACAGCAAACAGUUGCUGCCGAAGAAGACGAAGAGGAUCGAUUGAGCUGCUCCUCCGGGCUCUCGGUACAAGAGGAUCACACAGCCGUAGCCCAAGUGCCGGCGACGACGGCAUUGUGUGAAUUAGAUGCCAAUAGCUCACAAAAGAUUUGUGAAAAUCUUUUCAAUUUAAGCGAAUAUUUUUCCGUAAGUAAUACUGGUCUGAACCCCAACAAUGCCUCCAAGUCUGCUAGCGCCCAAAAAGCCCUUAGCAUCGACUUACCCAUCAAACAAGAGACACCUAUUCAUCGCAAGAAUUUGGACUCGAAUUCAUCUGUGGAGUGCACAUCUGUAGAAUUUGAAAAUCUGGAGGAGGACCUUCUGAAGCACGGCUACACUUACGAAGCUUCUGAAGUCUGUGAUAUAAAAGCACCCCCAGGAAACGAAACGACCACUCUUUUUGGCGAGAGUGAGAGUAUUCGUAGGACAUCCCCAACAAACGGCCAUUCUGAAAUGGAUGCCAAAGCUUGUGUGGACUGGUCAGAAGGUGAUUCGUUUCUGGCGAAUUAUAACACCGAAAAGAUGUCAUUGAGUAAUGAUGAACCUAUAAAAUCGGAUAAAUCUGAUGUAAAACCCACCAAACGGUUGGCAAACCCCCAACAGAGCACCUACUUUACAUUGGAAGACAUCCCAAUGAGUGAGUGGCAAACCAUAAUGGAGGUUCCCGAUGUAUCAAGUAUCAAAACGGAAGCUUCGGACAAUCAAACUGUCAAAUUAGAGGAAAUGGACAAAAUUGAAGCAAAGUUCCUCGAGGAAAUUCCCGAUUGGAAGCCGGAAGGCAUUGCGUUGCGUACUGCCUCAAAAAAACCCAUUGAGGUGUCUGAGGAGAAUGCGAAGAAAGCAGCCAAGCUGCUGUCUGAUAUCCAGGCUGCAAGUGAUACUCAGUUCCUUCAAGAAAUUACUUUAAGGCAAUGGCCAGGCAUGGAUGUCCCAGAAGCCAUCUCAGAGGUUGUCGGCUUCCGAACAGCGUCAAACAAACCAAUUGAGAUUUCUGAGGAGAUGAAAAAGAGAGGAGCCAUGCUGCUGGCUGACGUCGAAGGUGGAGAAACGGAUCCACCAAAACAUACACGUGAAAUCGGAGAUAAGGAAUGCUUCUCCGAGGAUAUGGGAAUUGCUGUUGGAUUCCGAACAGCCUCAAACAAACCGAUUGAGGUGUCUGAAGAGACGAAAAAGAGAGGAGCUAAGGUGCUGGCUGAUGUCGACGUUGAGACUCAGUUUCUUCAAGACAUUACUUUAAGCCAAUGGCCAGGCAUGGAUGUCCCAGAAGCCAUCUCAGAGGUUGUCGGCUUCCGAACAGCGUCAAACAAACCAAUUGAGAUUUCUGAGGAGAUGAAAAAGAGAGGAGCCAUGCUGCUGGCUGAUGUCGAAGGCGGAGAAACGGAUCCACCAAAACAUACACGUGAAAUCCGAGAUAAGGAAUGCUUCUCCGAGGAUGUGGGAAUAGCUGUUGGAUUCCGAACAGCCUCAAACAAACCGAUUGAGGUGUCUGAAGAGACUAAAAAGAGAGAAUCCAAGCUGCUGGCUGAUGUCGACGUUGAUACUCAGUUCCUUCAAGACAUUACUUUAAGCCAAUGGCCAGGCAUGGAUGUCCCAGAAGACAUCUCAGAGGUUGUCGGCUUCCGAACAGCGUCAAACAAACCAAUUGAGAUUUCUGAGGAGAUGAAAAAGAGAGGAGCCAUGCUGCUGGCUGACGUCGAAGGUGGAGAAACGGAUCCACCAAAACAUACACGUGAAAUCGGAGAUAAGGAAUGCUUCUCCGAGGAUAUGGGAAUAGCUCUUGGAUUCCGAACAGCAUCAAACAAACCAAUUGAAGUGUCUGAGGAGAAUACAAAGAAGGCAGCCAAGCUGAUGGCUAAUAUCCAGGUUGCAAGUGAUACUCAGUUUCUUCAAGAAAUUACUUUAAGCCAAUGGCCAGGCAUGGAUGUCCCAGAAGCCAUCUCAGAGGUUGUCGGCUUCCGAACAGCGUCAAACAAACCAAUUGUAAUUUCUGAGGAGAUGAAAAAGAGAGGAGCCAUGCUGCUGGCUGAUGUUGAAGGCGGAGAAACGGAUCCACCAAAACAUACACGUGAAAUCCGAGAUAAGGAAUGCUUCUCCGAGGAUAUGGGAAUUGCUGUUGGAUUCCGAACAGCCUCAAACAAACCGAUUGAGGUGUCUGAAGAGACGAAAAAGAGAGGAGCCAGGCUGCUGGCUGAUGUCGACGUUGAUACUCAGUUUCUUCAAGACAUUACUUUAAGCCAAUGGCCAGGCAUGGAUGUCCCAGAAGACAUCUCAGAGGUUGUCGGCUUCCGAACAGCGUCAAACAAACCAAUUGAGAUUUCUGAGGAGAUGAAAAAGAGAGGAGCCAUGCUUCUAGCUAACGUCCAUGCGACAGAACAGCUAAAUUAUCCGAGUGACGCACAGUACCGGAAAGAAAUGGACCUAACUGAAUUGGAUAUUCCAGAGAUAGUUAGGUUCAGAACAGCCACGAGUAAGCCGAUCGAAGUUGCGCAGCCGAUGAUAAUGAAAGCUGCCGAAUUGAUGGCCGAUGUCGAGGCCGAAUCAACAAAUGAGCCAAGUCUGAAGAGUCCUAAGACAUUUGCCUCAAGCGAAGCCACGGAGGUAAUGGAUGCAUUAACUGGAGAUGUACUUCCAUUAAAUUGUGAACCUGAAUGCCUGCCGGAGAUGUCCGAUUAUCUUUCCGGUGAUGAUUUCAAGGGUUUCCCAUCGGGCAAAUGCCAGCCAAUGGACUUAUUUGGUCUCCUUGUAUUUCCCAGACUAUCAGAGACAGUAGAGUAUUCAUCUGAGAAAGCUCCCGCAAAUGAUUCCAGAUCUGGGACACCUAAGCAACGACGCGAGACUUCCGACGGAAUCCCCUCGAGCAAGCGUCGACGUCGAAACGCAGAGCCCCAACUUUCAUCCUCCCUACAGCAAACACCGCAGAACGGUACACAGCUCUCCAAAACAACGUCGUGGCACAGUGCAUUGGGAUCCCCAAUGAACUCGCAGAGUAUCCCCGCCUCUUUGUCGCAACUGGCAGAGCGUUCGCCCCUCGACCGCAUCACAAAGACGUCCGUGAUUGGACGCCGGAAUCUGUUGUCGCUUAGCAAGCGACGCAAGCGAGUCAGCACCGUUGGUGAAUGCCAGGUCCAGGACACUGUCACUCCGGUUAAGCCCCGCUUUGCCCCGAUGUCUGCUUCGACCAGCACGCCGCUGUCUAACAGGAAUAUAAACCUGGUUGAGGAAUACCGCGGUGGAGAGGACGUCUCUCCCAUUUGCAUGCGCCCUCAGAAAGCUCCCCGCAUUGGCUUGAGUCGCAGUCGAUAUUAGCAAUCUUUGUUUUUAGAUUUCUACUUAGUCGCAAUCAUACGCUGCCGGUUGGCUUUUUUUGCGCUACAUACAUAACAUAUGUACAUCCAGAUAUCCAGAACUUCCUAAUGUAUAUAUAUUCAAAUUUAUAACAUAUAACUACCUAUAAGCGAGUUAGCACAAAGAUAGAAGAUAACAAUCGUAGAGUGUAAUUAAAAAAC